CUAGGCACAAUUGGCUAACGUAGUAGGCUAAACUUUUAAGGUUCAUAUUUAAUUUAACUUAUACAUAAUUAUACUCACAGUUUUUAUCUAACUAUACCGAACGAAGACUGAGUCGUUUCCGCCAGGAACAUGGCAGGCGUUAUCAGGAGGCUCGAUGAGACGGUCGUCAAUCGGAUCGCCGCAGGAGAAGUCAUCCAGCGUCCUGCUAACGCAAUCAAAGAGAUGCUUGAGAACUGUUUAGAUGCUAAAUCGAACAACAUACAGGUGACGGUGAAAGAUGGAGGACUAAAGCUGAUCCAGAUUCAGGAUAAUGGCACCGGCAUCAGGAAAGAAGACAUGGAAAUCGUAUGUGAACGAUUUACCACAAGCAAACUGCAGACCUUUGAGGACCUGACAGCUAUUUCAACUUAUGGUUUCAGAGGGGAGGCAUUAGCCAGCAUAAGCCAUGUCGCCCAUGUGACAAUAACAACUAAAACGGCUGAUGCCAAAUGCGCUUACAGGGCCUGCUACAGUGAUGGAAAAAUAAAGGGUACCCUAAAACCCUGUGCUGGAAACCAGGGGACGCAGAUCCUUGUGGAGGACUUGUUCUAUAAUGUUUCCACAAGGAGGAAAGCCCUGAAGAGCCCCAGUGAGGAGUACUCCAGGAUUGUAGAGAUAGUGAGCAGGUAUGCCAUACACAACUCGGGGAAAAGCAUUUCUGUGAAAAAGCAAGGAGAGACUGUGGCAGAUGUCAGGUCCUUACCCAAUGCUUCCAUACUGGACAACAUCCGAGGGGUAUUCGGUAAUGCAGUUAGCAGGGAGCUGAUCGAAGUUGAGUGUGAGGACCAGAAACUUGCCUAUAAGCUUAGUGGAUACAUAUCGAAUGCAAACUACUCAGUCAAGAAAUGCAUCCUCAUCCUCUUUAUCAAUCAUCGUCUGGUGGAAUCAAGUGCCUUGAAGAAAGCCAUCGAGACAGUUUAUGCUGCAUACUUACCCAAGAACACCCACCCCUUUCUCUACCUGAGCCUGGAGAUUGCUCCACAUAAUAUAGAUGUGAAUGUCCAUCCCACGAAACACGAAGUUCACUUCCUGCAUGAAGACUGCAUUAUUGAGAGUAUUCAGAAACACAUUGAGAGCAAACUGCUGGGCUCCAACUCCUCGCGCACAUAUUUCACACAGACCUUGCUGCCGACGCUUGCAGUGUCUGCAGGGAGUGAAGUAAAGCCCUCCACUAGCUCCAUAGCUGAGCCUGGUGAGCGGGAAUAUGCACAUCAGAGGGUGAGGACAGACUGUCGAGCUCAGAAGCUGGAUGCCUUCCUCAAGCCCAAGGAGAAGCCAGCCCCUGUCCCUGAACCAUCUGAUCCCGGUCAUGGGGAGGCUGAGACUGACCCCCAGCCUCCCCCUGCUGACAUGGAUGAGAUGGACGAUGUGGAGAUGAUGAUGGUCAUGGAAGAACAGGAAGCUGGGAUUCAAAAUGAUGGCGAGGGAACCAGUGUCACCACUACAGAUCUCUCCACGAAGCACUCCAGGAAAGGCGAGGAGGAGAAGCAGGAAGACCUAACCUUUGCAGGAAUGGACAGGAGACGAGUCAUCAAGUUGAACAGUGUGAAAGAGCUGAGACAUGAGAUCGCUGAGAGCACACACGAGGAUCUUCAACGUAUGCUCCGGAAUCACUCAUUUGUGGGCUGUAUUAACCCUCAGUGGACUCUCAUACAGCAUCACACUAAACUGUACCUUCUAAACACCACCAAACUCAGCCAGGAGCUUUUCUACCAGAUACUGAUCUAUGACUUUGGGAACUUUGGUGUAUUGCAGUUAACUACGCCUGUUCCGCUUUAUGACCUGGCCAUGGUGGCUCUGGACUCUGAGGAGAGUGGCUGGACAGAGGAGGACGGGCCCAAAGAGGGUCUGGCUCAGUACAUAGUGGACUUCCUGAAGAAGAAAGCAGAGAUGCUGGAGGAGUACUAUUCCUGUGAGAUUGAUCAGGAAGGAAAUCUAACGGGGCUUCCACUGCUGCUUGACAAGUACAGUCCUGUCAUGGAGGGACUGCCAAUGUUCAUCCUGCGCCUGGCUACUGAGGUGAACUGGGAUGAUGAGAAGGAAUGCUUCAGAGACUUCAGCAAGGAAUGCAGCCGAUUCUACUCGAUCAGGAAACCAUACAUCUCGGAGGCAGAGUCAGGGGAGGAGCAGAAGGAUGCAGAGCUUAACUCAUGGCGUUGGAAAGUUGAGCAUGUAAUCUUCAAGGCUUUUCGAACCCUCUUCAGUCCCCCAAAGAACUUCAGUGAAGAUGGCAGUGUGCUCCAGAUUGCCAACUUACCCGAUCUCUAUAAAGUGUUUGAGAGGUGCUGAAUCAAAUUGACACCUAAUACUCCAGCUUUUAUGUUUUGUUAUAUAAUUGAAUAAAUAUUUUGUAUCAAGAUAUUCCUCCAAAUUACUAACUUUAGAAAAACAUGGAAUUGCCUAUUUGCACUGCCCACGAUGCAACUGUUUGAAAAUGUUUUACUAGAAAUCCCAUCAAGCAAUCUGGGUUCCAUCACUAAGUCGGUAAUGUUUUAAAUGUGUGCAAUAAAAAUGUGACUGGAUAAGGAUUCGUCUGAGUGGAAAAAAAAAAUCAGUGAAACUCGGGAUCCCUGCUAAUUUUCUUUACAAACUGAAGUCAACAUUUAAAGACCAAUAAAAAUAGGCUGCAAGAGCUGCAUCCAGAAAGCUCAUCUGAAUGUUCCAGAUUUCGAGCAUGGGCAUGAAGCUUGGAAAAGCGUAAUCAGGUGAUGAAUCCUUUCGUAUCUAAACAUGCCAACUGGCUACCAAUUCAG